UUUUUAUUUAACACAAAAGCACGCUUUUAAAAAGUUAACAAAAAAUCUUUUAUUGGUAAUUAGUAAUGUUAUUUAGUUUUUUUAUUUUAAAAAUAACGUUAGUCUUGCUAGUUCGUAGAAAGAUGGUAUGCCAUUUUAAAUUUUUUUGCCUUUAAUUAACGAAACCGUGAUUUUAUUAUCGAAUUUCACCACUAGCUUCUAUUAAGCGUAUGAACUAUUCUGUGGUUUGCAGCGAACAGAACUUUAAUAACAACAAUCCAAUUAUUAUCUUUUAAGAGCAAUAUUUUUAUUCCUGUGGCAAAGAUUAUUGUCACAUAUCUGGGUUAACUGAAGAUACAGAUAGGAUUUGAUACUUAGAAUCAACUUUUUUUGAGGAAGGAGCUAUCAAAAUUUGGAGAAAUUCGAAAAAUCUUUAUACCAUCCUCAAGAGAAUUUGCUAAAAUAUAUUUUACUGAUAGCCACUCUGCCAGAAGAGCUGUUCAAGUCUUGAAGCAAAAUAUAUUUGGUUGGAUAGUCUCAGUCCAACAAGAUAGCAAAUAUAGUAGUUCCGAAGCUAGUAGUACAUCAAGAAUGAACUGUGACGAUGAAAUUGAUGUUCAAACCUCUCAGCAGCUGUAUACUGUUCAUGGAGACUGCAUAGAAUCUCUUGAAGAUGAUAUGGGCAAUUUAUUUGUUAAUCUUGACGAUGUAAGAAGAACUGGAUUUGCAGUAUACUCAAAAGAAGAUUACAAUUUUUCUAUAGAGGAGAAAAGGAAUAUUAUUUUGAACGACUUUCACCAGUAUAUGCUAUCUCAGGCAAUGGCCUACCUGUAUAAAAAUAAAGAACUUCAUAAAUUCAUAAAGGAAGAACAAAUUUUAAACACAAUUGAACGUUGCCGUAUGAAAUUAUUAGUAGAUUCUCAUGAUAAACUUAAUGAUCGUAUUGUGACUCAGUCAAACAAUAAUAUACAAGUACGUGUUCCAAAUUCACCGACUCCUCGAGAUACAAACAAACACAUUCCCCAAGAUAAAUCACUUGGCAGUCCUCGUGAAACAGAACAUCCUUUGGAAAAUAAAAACUCAUUUACUGAUGAAUUAGACUAUGUAUCAACACCGAAAGUGCCAUCCAAUAGUUUCACACCAAUACAUACUCAAAGUUGCGUCGCAAUUGGGACACCGCCCGGAAAUAGGGAUUCAACGUUUAAUAGAAAUAACAAUGGCACUUCUAACAAUAAUAACCGUCAACGAUUUGGUCAAAAUCGAAAUGAAAGGCAAAUAUCAAGAAACAGCAAACACAAAAAUAGAGGUAAUGGACGACCGAAAUCUAAACAAAGAAGUAAUAAGCCAGGUACUAACAGCAAUAAUGAAGAAUUAUGGGAUAAUGAUGGAACAGAACCAAAACAACAGUCUCUACAAUUUUCCAAAGAUUCUCAAUUUGAUAAAAGUAGACAACAAAAUGCUACAAAUAAUUCAAACAUUGAUAAAAGAACUGACUCGGACAAAUGUGACACCAAAUCACAAAUUAAUGAUACUAUGCAUAUGGACAGUUUAGAGAAAGUUAAUUUGGAAAUUAACCGAUCAUAUGAUGUACAAAUAACUGAAGUAGAAAAAAAUAACAUCUGCUGGGCCGUACAGACUAAGUCAUUAAUAGAUUUAGCUGAGUUAUGUUUGGAAGAUGGAUCAGAUUUAAAAAUAGUUGAAAAUGUACAUAAAGGACAACUGGGGUUAGCCGAGUUCGAAAAUCUUUGGUGCAGAUGUCAAGUGAUGUCGCUGAAACCAACUAAUGUUUUUUUUGUGGAUUAUGGCAAUAGAGCUGAUGUGAGUGAGAUUAGGGAAUUACCAGAUACAUUUAGAAAAAUUCCAGCAUUAGCAGUUAGGUUAGCUAUUCACAAAAACUGUCCUGUCCCAAAAACCGAUACAAAUUUGACAGUAAAAGUGAAGAAGAAGUACAGCGAUGAUACAUACGUUGUCGAAUUGGAUAAAACGUUCAAUUCUACAUCUACAGAGGAAGACAACUCUAAAAAGUCGGCACUAGAAUCUGUACCCAAGAGUGAAAUAUCUGCUCAAUCAGUAGAAGAAUUUAAAACUGAAUUAAAAGAAAGGUGCUACGUUGAUCUACCCAAACCUUUGAUUAAACUAAAAAAUAAUGAUAAAGUGAUGUUAUUAGAUAUGGUAGGUAAUAAAUUUGCUGUCAAAACAAAAGAAUGUGCUCAGAAAAGCAAAGAGCUGCUUGAAUACAUCAAAACUAUUCAUAAAUCAAGUUUGAUUUUGAAACAAGUGAAAGUAGGUCAGAUGGUAUUAGCUAGUAAAGAUGGUCUUCCUGAUCUAUGUAGAGCUGUUGUAAUUAAAAAACAAUCACCUGUACAGGUUACUAUAGAAUAUUUAGACUAUGCGGGCAGCGAAAAUUUGUCGAUUAAAUCUCUUAGAAAUGUUGAUGAAUAUUUAGCAUCACAACCUAUUACAUUACUGCUUACUCCUGACAUAGAAGUUAUGAAUAAAAUUUCAGAAACUGGUAUUGAUUUUAUUGUGGCCUUGAUUGAGAAGAAAGAAAAAGCAAACGUGGUACUCACCAACGAUAAUGCUUUUGAUUUGAAAUUAGAAGAUGGAUCGCUUCUUUCACAAAAAUUAUUAGACUUAGAGAAAUCAGAAGUACCUAACGAUUCAAACAAUUCUCCAAAAAUUAAUGAACUCGAACUCGAAAAACCUAUAUCAGUGGAAGCAGCAAUCACACCUCUGAAAUCUGCAAUUCUGGAAGUAAAACCAGAAUCAGACAACAGUAUAAUUACCUUAUGUGACAUGGAUUACAUUAAACCAAAAAUUGGUUCAACUGAUACUUAUAUCUGCUAUACACUAAAAGAUUUAUCAGAAGUAGUAUUGAUUUCAUUAGACGAAGAUUCUGUAAGUUAUUUGGAAAGUAUUUAUAAUCUGGAAAUCAAUGAUGAUGAACCAUACGAACCUGAAGUAUCUGAAAUGUGUGUAUUCUUGUAUAAAACACCAGAAGAAUCAGAAACUGUUUGGUAUAGGGGUGUUGUAUUGGAUAACGAAGGCAAAUAUACCAUAUCAAUGGUAGAUUUUGGAAUAUUGGUUACUACCACUAGUAAAGACAUAAGAAAAUUCCCUGAUCAUUUGAAAGACAUUCCUAUGUUAGGAAUUUUCUGCAAGCUCAUAAAUAUUCCACAUACUCCAGAAAUUCUAAAUGAAAUAAGGAAUAUAGUACAGGAAGGGGAGAAUGUUGAUGUUACCAUAAAGAAUGAAAAUGAUUUAACAUAUGAUGUAGAAUUACCAAAAGUUUAUGAAGAAUUGAAGAAACGGAAGCUUUUGUGAAUUUUCAUUUUGGUUUUAUAUAUUUUGACUUUGCAUUUGUAUUGUAAAGUGUCUGCUAUUAAGUUUUAUUAUUCAUUUGGAGAAAUCCAAAGAGGAUGAAAAAUUAAUAUUUUCUUUUUUUAGUAAGCUUUUUUUGUAUAAAAGUUUUUGUCAUUAUUUUAUUUGAAAUCAUUUUGAAUUUUUAAUGAUUCCACUUUUUUGGUUUUAAAAUAUGAACAUACUUUGUUGAAUAGUUUGUAGAUAUGUUUUAUUUGUUACUCCAUAUUUUUUUAAUUCACAAUAUUUCACAAUUCACUAUAUGCAGUAGGUUCUUUUGCUAUCACACAUCUCCAUUUAUUUUACUGUUCCUUCUAGUGAUUUGGCGUAAAGUUAGAUUCCAUAAUAGAUGUAUUAUGCCAUUUCGAUAUAUUUUUCAAACAGUGUUGGUUUUAAAUAGAAAACAAUAAACUUUCAAUAAGUAGAGUAAUUCCGGGGGAGAUGGGCUAGUAACUUUAAUGCUUUACUGGGAAGGAAUUUUUUUGAUUAAACCUUGAGUUUAUAAAGAGAAUUAAACUUUAUUUAUAACUCUCAUCAAAAAUCAACGAUGAAUCACUUUAAUGAAUUAAAAAAUAGAAUUUUAACCUUUUAAAACAAACUAGGACUGGUCACCACCCCAGAAAAUUCGAGAGUGAUGGCUAUAGUGGUCUGGGAGAGAUCUUAUUUUGUCUUUCUUUGUCUAUUGCGCCCCAAUAACCAUGUAUCGCACUCAGCCUCUCCACCGCUUUGAUUGUCGCAAAACUCUUUGGGUAAACUAAACAAAAAUAAUCAGAUAUUGUUUAUCCUUUAUAUUUGAAAUUUUAAUAACAUAUGAAACGAGAUAAUAUAGGACGUAAGUAAGAAUUGACAAUAUUAAAUCAAGGUAUUUGAAAAAAAAAAUGAUUUGGUUGAAGAAAAAAAUAUGAGUGAGUAUUUUUUAUAACAUUUUUAGAUUUAAGGAAAGUAUGUUGACAUAUAUAUAUAUAUAUAUAUAUAUAUAUAUAUAUAUAUAUAUAUAUAUAUAUAUAUAUAUAUAUAUAUAUAUAAAUAUCAAAAAAAAUGUUAUGUAGGCGUGAAUGUAUGUAGAUAUUGGAGUGUCAUAUACACCGCGACCCAAAGGAUCAAUUGUAGCCCCCCUUCCUUGCUGCGAUACUAGAGGACCCAGUCUCUACAGCUGAUCUUUUAGUCCCACUCCUCUUAGAAAUUUCAGAAUGUUGGUUGACUGUAGUUAUCAGAGAUCUGCGUCUUCUAUUUUAUACGCUCCUAGGUGUAGUGCUCUGGAGUUUCAUAGUGUUUCACACUUCGAGAGAAUGUAUACAUUUUCGACAUUAUACAUAAAUUUGUACACUGAUUGUUUUGUAUGUUUUAUCCUAUUUAAACCAGCAAAUAAUUAUAGAUAAUAGAGUCCAUUUACAACAAUUAUUAAUAUUGUUAUUGAUAUAGAUUUCUAAAUUGAUAUCUUCAAUAAAAUCAUAUUGAUAUGAAAUAUAUUUUAAAAAAUGAAUUGUUGAAAAUCAAAAGUUUUUUAAAUCAGUAUAUAAAUUACUAAUUUCCAAUGCCACACUAUAAUGCGAUAAUAAUUCCUUCAUUAUGUGCAGAAGUCAAGAUAUGUAUAAUAUAAAGAUUCGGAGAUUAAUGGUUUUGAUUGAAAGUCUAUCUUAAACAAUUGUGUAUUUUCUAUAAUUCUUUAUAAGUAUAUAAUAUACUACUUUAUAUAGGUUAUAUUUUUCAAGUU